CUAAUUGAUACUUCUUGCACUUUGAUAUACAACUUCCUGUCUGCAGCAGGGAAGCUGGAAAAGUUCUCGAAGUUUAAAACUUAUAUUCUGACGUAUUAAAGUCAGUCAGAGCCAUAGAAACGGAGAGCAAUGGAGAUUGAGAGCAUAUCAGAGUAUGAUUGUGGAGAUGGGAGAUGCAGAGACAUGUUUUGGGAGUUUGUGUAUAUUGUUGUUAUCCCAGGGGCACUGCUGUUUACAAUUGUCUUCAUUACAAGUGUACUGAUGUGCUGCUCUGCCUGUAAGAGGAAGAAGGCAGACCCCAUUAAUGAUGAGACUCAGUUGAUUGGUUAUAACUCAAUUCGCCGUGCUUCUCUGAGUUUGCGUCAGUUAUCACACAACAGGGAUACGCCAUUGCUAUCAAGCCGAGCCAAUAGAGAUGCUCGCACUGCCUCACUGAAUCUUGAUAGAGAUCAGCGUUAUCGCAGAGGUGCCCGGGGAACUGCGAGUGCACCAGGGACACUACAGAGAGAUAGAGAAAGGCAUCAGCGUCACCAGCGAGAUAGACAGUCAGAGAUACCUCCCCAGUAUGACACACUACCCAAGUAUCCCUCUACAGGGGAACUCAAUACUGGCUCAGGGGUUGAAUAUGCAGAAUUGAAUCAUGGUCUGACAGCAGCAGCCCAGACGUCACAAGAAGAAAGGCCUAUCUAAUUACAGAAUGAAGGAUUGGCAGUAGAUGUUGUGUAACUGUGACAUAUUUAUAGCCUAUUAGAUUGUGCAAAUAUGCACAAGUUGUGCAGGAGACAUUAGGAUUGAACUCAUCUUGUUAUUUCCUGAAAUAAGAAGAAUUAGGGUGAUAUAUUUUGAGUCAUGCAUGACGAUCUAUCAUAUCAUUCAUUUGUCAUUCCUUUCCAUCAACGUAACUCCGAAGUUUUUGUUACAGAUUUUUAAUUAACAAGCAUUUACCAGUUUACCAUCUGAAUAAAUUGAGAUACAUGACCCACUUCACUAGGUCCAAGGUCAAGGUCAUACUAAGGUCAAAGCUGAGAUUGCUUUAUUUUCCUGUUGAUGUUUUACUUUCUGAAACAGCUGAAGGGUUUUCAAAAGCAUCAGGUAUUAACCUCAUCAAGAUGUUGUGCUGAGUGUUUACUUUCCAAGUAACAAAGUGGCUUCAGUUUUUGUGAAAGUUCUAGGUGCUUUCUCAUUUAUACAAAUAACUGAUACAAAUAUAAUAUACAACUAACAGUAUAUGCUUUCACUGAAGUAAACAAGAAAACUUUAACCUCAAUGACCUAUUAAACAUAGCAACACACAUUAAAAUCAGGAGGGAUAAAAUUCCAGAUUUGAAGGCCUUCAGGUCAAUGUAUAUCAAUUGAAUUUUUGUGAGAGAGGUGUUGGGAUGAUUAAUAUCCAGAGCACAAAGCUUACAAU